GAAAUGAAGCAGAUAUGAUACAGACCUUCUCCUUUUUUGGUUUCAUGUCUAAGGCCAUAGAUCUCUCCAACCCAGUCAGCACCGGGAGAUACAGAGGAGAUGCCUGCUGCUGUGGGAAGCCGUGCGCUGCUGUGGAUAGCAUUGCUGCUCUUCGCUCCAGCUGGCUCGCUAGUGGCCACCGGGAAGUCUACCAUUUUUCUGAAUCCCCCAUGGAAUAGAAUAUUUAAAGGAGAGAAUGUGACACUUACAUGUGAUGGGGGCAUGUCCCUUGAAGUCAACUCCACUAGGUGGCUCCACAAUGGCACCGUUUUAUCAGAGACAACUUCAAGUUUGAACAUCGUGAAUGCCGGCAUGCAGGACAGUGGGGAAUACAUCUGUCAGAACCAAAGGCAUAACCCGAGCAAACCUGUGUUCCUGGAAGUCUUCAGUGACUGGCUGCUUCUUCAGGUCUCUACUGAGGUGGUGACAGAGGGUCAGCCCUUCCUCAUCAGGUGCCACAGUUGGAAGAACCUGAAGGCCUACAAAGUGAUCUAUUACAAGGAUGGUGAAGCCCUUCAGUACUGGUAUGAGAACCACAACAUCUCCAUUCCCAAGGCCACGCUCAAAGACAAUGGCACCUAUCACUGUGAGGGCUUUGUUCAGAAGUUGCACCGUAUCUCUGAUUCCCUCAACAUUACUGUACAAGAAGCUGAACAAAUCAAGAACUACUGGCCACAAUUUUUUAUCCCGUUGCUGGUGGGGAUCCUGUUUACUGUGGACACGGCAUUGUUUUUCUUCACUCGGCAGCAGUUCAAAUUGCUCUUGAAGAUUAAGAGGACCAGAAGAGGCAGCAGACUUCUGGAUCCACAACCUAAGACAGACCCCCAAAAGAAAUGAUGUUACUGCUCAAGAAACAUUUGCAUCAGCAUUUCUUUCCAGCACCAGCAACUUCUUUCUAGUAUCAACCAUUGCUUCUCCUCCCCUGAUACUGGAGGUUUCAUUCCAAAACCUCUGCACACACCUCAUUAUCUGCUCUCUACUCAGGGCUGCUCUCCCCAGUCUAUUCUUGUUCCUAAUUGUUAUUUGUAGUAUGAAGGAAAGGUUUCAUCCCAGUUCCAGUUACCGUUGUAAUAGAGACAGGAGUGAGAUAUGUAUAGAGAUAAUGAGAGGCAACCAGACAGGCAAACAAUGUGUGUAAAGCCCAAAUCUCACUCAAUCUUGAAUAUUUUGACUGGAGAGCAUUCUUCAGGUCCUCUUAGCUCCAGGUAUAGAAUCCUAUUUCUAUUCUUAUCAACCCAAGAAUUCUUCCUAAUGACCCCUAAUUGGAUCAAAGAAGCAGCCAAACCCAAAGAAAAGAGACUAUUUCCUCUCAAUUUGUUCCCUUGCUCAGUAUUUUCUGAAAGUGGUGCUUCCACACUUGUACCCCAAUUCUAUCUAUGCUCCUUGGAAAAUCCUAAAAUCUAGAAAUGAGGCAUGUGAGGAAGGGGAUAUUGUCAAAUAUAGCUCACAACAUACAUAGAAAUGUUUGUGAUCAAGGCUUCACAGAACUGCUUCAUUAAACCAACUGAAACUGGUUACGUGGCAUGUAAUAGUAAGUGCAUAAUAAACGUUAGU